AUGUGAAAGAACGCGUACGCCCCAUAGUUACGUCAAUUGCAUAGAGUUAUUCUAAUUUCUUACAACAUUUUCACACACAAAAUCUCGGUUUUUGCCAUUAGGCCAGGACCUCAUCAGCAUAUAUGUAGAAACGCUCACAAGUCAUGGAAGUACUUAACUUACUGAAAUUCUGGCGAAAUCCAGCAGGCGGCUCGGAUGAUGUCAAUGUUUGUGAUACAGGUUUAGACGACGAAGACUCCUCUCUUUUGGCAGAGACUCGCGACUUUGACAAAUUUGUAAGCAAAAACAAGUCUAGUAUCUUCAGCACUAGAAGUGUCGGCAUCACAAGCUCUGACAAUGACAUUAACAAGCAUCAUGUCCACAAGAUAUUUUCCAAAAAAGACGGCCAGGCCAGGCCUAGUGCUUUUAAUGCCAAUUUAUAUUCAAAACAAAAUUCACUGCCACUUGAAACAAAUUUCAAAUCUCAAUCACCUAUUCUCAUACUCAACUCUUCUCCGAAGAAUUGCAUCUCCAUGCUAGGGUUCAAGAAAUCGUCGAGUUCAGGCAAAAUAGAUUUAACUAGUACGACUCGUUCCACUGCUAGUCCGAAGAUAAAAGAGAGCAAAAAGUGCAUAGAAGAGGUUCAGAAUACGGAGGAUUCAUCUUCUAGUAAGUACUUGAAGGUGAUUAAGCCGUUGUACGUUAAAGCUUUAAAGAUCAAGAUUUUUGAACAACCAGUACCCGAGAGUUCAAGGACGCCUGGGGCGAAACAAGGGAGUCGAGCAGCCGUGUUUAGGGAAGUUUGUAAAAAAUUGAUGAAGAGCAAAUCUUCCGUAAGAACAGUGCCUGUGCCUGCAAAACGGAGAGAUGACUCGGCACUGCAACAGCAGGAUGGCAUCCAGAGUGCCAUUCUUUAUUGCAAGAGGUCGUACAGUUCAGCAUCAACGACGACAAUUUCACAAGAAUGUGCUGUGUUAUCGAGAUCUGCCAGUGAAUCUUCUUGUCAGAAUGGCAGCAAUAAAUCCACGGAUUAUAUCGAAAUGAAGUAGGUGGUGUAUGAAGCUCUGAUCAUAUCAUCUUAUAAUUGUUUUUAGUUUAGAGGAGAUACUGUCAACGAGAUUGUUGAAGCAGAUGCCAAUAUUUGCAAAUUAACUAUGUUCUUCCUUCACAAUUUUUCAAAGUGAUGUCAAAUAUUUUUUUUUUUU